GGGAUAUGCAGUCAAGAAAGGAGAACAAGCUUUUCGCAAAUGGUUUUCCAGGAUAAAUGAGAUGCGUUCACUGCUAAAGAAAAUACCAAUCCUGGCCCUCACUGCCACUGCAACCUUGGCAACAAAGAAUAAAAUAGUUCGGGCAUUGGAAAUGGACACAUGUGAGGUUAUAAAUCAAAGUCCAAAUAGAAAAAAUACAGCAUAUUCUGUCCAGGCUGUAACUGGUGGUGCACAUCAGACAUUUGGUCCAAUUACAAAAGAACUGAAAGAAAAAACAGUUAGUUUUGAAAGAAUCAUAAUCUAUUGUCAAACUAUUAAAAUUUGUUCACACAUAUAUGGUGUAUUCAAAGAGGAAAUGGGUGAAGAUAUGUAUGUUUCAACUGGUGAUAUCACAAGUGGAAUGGUUGAAAUGUAUCAUUCCAGGAUUGAUGAAUUGAAUCGUGAUAAUAUUGUGAAAGAUUUUUCAAUACCAAAUGGACAUAUAAGGGUUUUGAAUGCAACAAUAGCAUAUGGGAUGGGGAUCAAUUGUCAAGGGGUAAAAUCCAUUGUGCAUUAUGGUCCAUGUAGAAAUGUUGAAGCAUAUCUGCAAGAAAGUGGUAGAGCUGGUAGAGAUUGUUCUGAUAUGUGCAAAGCUGUCAAAUUGUAUUCAAAUGUUAUGUUGAAGUAUUGUGAUGAACCAAUGACAGAAUAUGCCCGAAACAGUACAGUUUGCAGACGAACAAUGCUGCUGUCUUAUUUUCAAUCAGAGCUAUAUGAUAUAGAGAAGCCUUUAUUACUUCAUGAAUGUUGUGACAUCUGUCAAAGACAUUGCCAUUGUGAUGGCACAGUUUGUAAGUUUUGUUUUUGGCCAUCAAGUAGUUCAAGUAAUGUUCCCACAACUAACAAUAUUUGUUUGAGAAAUGUAACAUCUGCCCAAGUGAAUAAACUGCAAGAUAAAUUGCAAUAUAUUGAAUAAUUUGUAACAAAGGAUGUUAUGAGCCAUGUGUAUGAAAAGAUGUCUACGUUUGUUACCUCACUAGACUUUCUAUUUGGUUUUGGUCCACAUCAAAUUCAACAAGUGUUGGACAAUAUUGACAAGUUAUUUACAAUCAGCGAUAUACACAAAUAUGUUGAUAUAUGGCAUCCACAAAUUGCCACGGAAAUCCUUGUGGCAAUUACCCAGGUUUUUGAAGACACAGAUUUCCAAGACAAUGAUGAAUUUGAUGAUGAAAAGAAUGACUUGCUCACUUUUUGGUCAUGGGGAUUUGAUCAAGAUGAUGAAUUACUGGCUAAUAUUCCAUUAGAACUGGUGGAACUUAGCGAAACUGAUGUUGAAGAAUUUGAGUCAGAAGUAUGA